CUACUCGAUUGCUCUGAGGAAGUCGCACGAUGCACUUCGUUCAACAAGAACAACGUGGGAGACUUUUUCAUUGAGCAAGCGUGCACACAAGUCAUAUAUCGCGACGAGCCCGUUUGUUGCACAACGCCCCUCUCAGACGUAGACAAAAUAGCUCGAGGGACAUAUGGGAUCGUGCUUCCUCGUCGUUGAUGGCACCGUGCAGUUCACAGCCCACCGGCGAAGCGUUAGAACGUCCCAAAGAGCGGUCUAACUAAAUGGAUGAUUUACUAUUUGGUGCCGUUGCUACGGUGUAGAGACGACUAUAUAUCACGGGCGACUCCACUGGAACUGCACGGGCGCCUCAUCGCCCCGAGACUCGACUCUGUCCCUGUCCUCCAAGUCAGUGUCACAGAGUACCCUCAUGGAACUCGAACGAUGCACGCUUGUACUGAGAUCGGGUGGAUGGUCCAGGGAGCCUCGAGGAUGUUAGUCGGGCCUCGAGAGUGCGGAGGUGAGGUUGCAUACCAUUACACGCUAUCAUGGUGGUGUACGGUCUCUCGGCGCGUUGCUGCGCAGACGUUGCAUCUGCACCAGCACUGUACUGGGAAGCGCUUGUACCAGUACUGUUGGCCGUCGAGACGGACAUGGGGGCUUGGGACUUGGUCGCGUUUGACUCGCCCAUACCGAAAAUCUUGGCCCGUGGAAAAUGGUACCACGUUUUCAAGUAAAGGCGGGCUGCACUGCAUUUGAAGCCGAUGCUCGACCACGAGCUGUCUUUAUACACAUUUGCAAUAUACACCCUGCUUCUGCCUAUUCGUUCUUGUAUGGUGGUGUAACAGGGCUAGAUACGUUUUGACAGCAUCGCUUGCUGGCUCUUCCAUCGCGCGGACCUACGCGCUUGUUUACCUUCGACC